GAACUCAGAAAAGCCUCGUCUAGAAAGACUUGCACCCUCGGGUCCUGUGAAAUGUCCCCAAGAGACCUAACCUAGACAAACUUCACCUGAAAGUUUAGCAUCACAGCAAAAAGCCAAGAAAGGUAACUUCCAUUUGGGGUUCUUGCGAAGAUCUCGAAGAUCGAGGGAAGCUCGCAUGCUCGCUCAACGUACGCAACAACUAACAAGCGAUGCCAGAUUAUAUUAGCUCGCCCCUGGCUGACCAUUGGAAUAUCCUAACAUGAAGUACUUCAAGUUUUACGUUUGAUUUUUUUCUCAAAAUGGCGGCAAUUCAAACGAUCAACGAUGCGGAUGAAUGUUGAAAUUUGAUCCAGCCAAAAAGUAUGAAAAAGUACAACGAUUUACAAAGUUUUCGUCAUCCUUCGCAAGAUCCAAGGCAGAUCUCAGAAAGAAGUCUUGUUUGUGAAAAUCCUCCAAGAUGUUUUUUGUUUGCCCAAAUGACUGUUGGCUUGGGAGAAUGUUAUGAAAGAAUCAGAAACGGUGAUGGAGAAAACAAGGAAAUAUGUUUACAAAAUCAGUCAGCCAAUGAAGAAAAAUUCUCACCCAUAACUGGUUCAAUCCUUGCUGGACGAUACAAAGUUAUUGCAAAGGUUGGAGAGGGUCAAUCUUCACUCUUAUUUAGAGCAGAGGAUAUAUUUCAUCCAAAGAAAAGACAUGUUGCAAUCAAGUUCCUUCAUGCAAGUUAUCAGAAUUUAGGACCUCAGGAAGCAAGCUGUUUACUUCAUCUUAAGAAAGCAGACUUUCUAAAAGUUGCAAAUAUUGCCCACAUUCUGAAUGUUUUCACUGUUGGUCAGCAUUUCUGCAUGGUGUUUGAGUUUCUCUCUCCAACGCCUCUUUACAAAUAUUUUCAGAUGUUUCCUUUUCCAAGCAAGGUGGAAAAAGUUAACUUGAUACGAAAGAUUGCAUUUCAAGUUACUCAGUGUUUGGCAGUUUUAUCAAGUGUAAACAUUAUCCAUGCUGAUAUUAAACCAGAAAAUAUUCUCUUUACCAAUGGCGAUAAAAACGAUGUCAAAAUAAUCGACUUUGGCAAUGCUAUAUAUUGGAAUCAUGACGAGAUGUCGUUGUAUUUUGGUUCGUUUGAGUUGCAAACGGUGUUCUAUCGAGCUCCCGAGGUGAUGUUUGGUUUACCUUUUGGUCCUCAGAUUGACAUGUGGUCACUGGGUUGUGUCCUGGCGGAGCUUUAUCUUGGAGAACCAUUGUUUCUGGCAACUUCAAAGGAUGAGAUUUUAGAGAAGAUGCAAGCAUUGCUUGGUCCAUUUCCAAUGUGUCCUUUUCAAUCUGGCAAAUAUUUUUCAAAUUUCAAGAAAUUUGUUGGCCGAGUUAAAUCUGUCCCAGGCUAUUCCCAAAAUGUUGUUAAUAUCCUAAAGAAGUUGGGAUCAACUGACUACAUUUUUGCAGAUUUCAUAGCAAGGCUUCUCACCUUUGAUCCAGGUUUACGCCUGUCUCCUCUUGAAGCAGUACGUCAUCCAUUUUUGGCGCCUGAAUGUGCUCUGGGUUUGUUGUUGCCGCCUGGAUAUUGGACACAAGAGUCAAGUAAUUCUCGAAUUCUUCUGACCCCAUCCACGUAUCCACAUCGCCCCAAAAUCGACGAGAAAAUCAAGAAGCUUCACUAUUCCGAACUAGAUUUUCUUCGCGUGGGCACGCGAGCUGAUGAUGGUAAGGCAGAUAAGGCGGGCCGAGCGGACAACGUUAUGAAAGUCUUGCCUUUCAACUACCAAGAUGAAUCUUCGACCGGAAAUAAUGAAAACACGGGAGAAGUUACGAAUGGUGGAAACACUGAAGGCGAAUCGGAUAGUGCGGUUGAAAGGGACCAGACAGACAGACUUUACGAUAACGAUACGCGGAUAAUAUUUGGUGUAGAAUCGACUGAAAACGUUGACGCAAGUAGACCUUCAGCAAAAGAGGAUACGAGAUACAGCGACUUCAAUGAAUCGUGUAGUGUGUUACACACGACUGAGGAAAUACGUUUUAUCCCCGAUCCCCCAAAAGACCAUCAGAAACAAAAUUCUGGCAUGUUUGUAAAUCGCAAUUCAAAUGAAAUACGCGAAAUGAUGGAUCGCAACGCAUCUGGCAAAUCGUACAGUAUAGUCAACACGACUAAAAGGGAACAGCCUAUUCCUGCAAAGAAAGGGCGGAAAUAUAGCACAUCUUUGAAAUCAUUCGUCAAACCGGGCAACAUGAAAGAGACAGGUUCAUCAAAAAGUAAUUUGAGAGAAUUUCCGAGCAGUGGGGACACAUCGUCGUUACCGAAGACCCUGAACGUGCAUUUGUCGCCAAAUUUUGCAAAGAAAACAGCUGCAAAAAAGGAGCAUAUUAACAGUUGUGAUGCCGUAAACUCGACCGCAAAUAAAGGUUCUUACAAUCUCUCACAUGAACAAAGAGAUAACACUUUUAACGAAUCUUGCAGUGUGAAAAUCCUUUUCACGAAUCCAAGCUUUUCAAAAGCUGAAGCACAGAAAAGAAGCAGCAAGCGUAGGCGAAAAUACAUAUUGAAAAAGAAACCAUCGAGGGUUUCUAAACAAAGCGGUUCUGAAACGGAAAGCUGUUGUUCAGCUUCAACCGACAUGCCAGAGGAUAACAUUAACAGUAGGACGCCACGCAUGACGCGGAGUAAAUCACCGGCUACAACUCCGGCUUUGUCUCCGGAAAUUAAAACCACCUCGGGGAAAAGCGUCGCUGAGAAGGAAAUAGAUAACAGUAUCUCUCCUGCUCGAAGGACUACCUAUUGCUGCCAGAGAAAAGAAUAUUGAAAGGAACUCCGAUGAGUUCAACACACCUGGUGGUAGGUGAGGAGAAUCCAAUCAUUUCUUCUGAGACUACUAAAGAUUCGUCGAGUGUAGCCAGUCACGAAGAGUUAGCAUCUGACAAGGUUCGAAGGACUAAUAGGACAGUUGUUGAAAAACGGGGCUUUCAAAAAGGAUCGUCAAACAGGAAAAUAAACACGAUUAGUAAUGCAACUACUUCUCCUGAAGCAAUCUUUAACGACAGCUCAAAAGUAUCGAGUGACAAAGAGGAAAAUUCUAAUCCACCUCCGGCUCGAAGGACCCCGGAUCGGCGAUAUAAGCCGAACUCUGACAAAGUUGACCAGAAAUAUUUUGUACACUCUCGAAGAGAACGACAAAAUCGAAGGGUGACAUUCAGACGUCUAAAGCAAAAGAAACGGAGAAUCUUGAAACUUUGACAUUUACUGCAGGUGGAAGAUAUAGUGAGGAAACAAAAACACUUCGAUCAAGGAAAAUAGAAGGUAACUCUACAAACAAAGCCAGAACAACCACCAUUUUACCCAAAGUAAGAGAAGCUACCUCGACAACGACGUCGAAUGAGUACCAAAACGAACAAUACUCAAAUUCAUUGCAUGAAAUAAUUUCCUCGACAACUCGUUCCGAUGAAGUGUGCUCAAGCACAAACGCGUCUGUUGCGGGAGGUAGUCGGCACCAGGUCCCGCAAACAGCCAGUAACUCGCAUUCACUGAAUGCCAAAGUAAAAAAACCAUCUUCGAAAAACUCGGCCAACUUGCAAGAACUUUCAGAUAAAGAAGGAAGCCCUUCGGUUACUAAAAGCAGAAACAAAAGAAGUAUUAUAAAAAAAUCGUUGCCAGAAAAGCUGUCGAGUUUGGAUUCGUUUUUUGAUGCACUUUCUGAUGACGAGACAGGGGUAGUUUCUUCAAAUACUGGCGUGUUUCACACAAAAAGUGACAGGACAAAAUCGUUUUCCGAAGAUAAGACCAGCCCUAUUUCUAAGGAGCGGUUGACGCUUGUGGUUACAUCGACGACAAAGCAAAACAGAUCACCAGUGACUAUAGACGACAAUUACGGUUUAAUUACUCCACCAAAAUCGUCAAAUUUCCGACCAUUCUAUGAUAAAGUUCCUACUUGUAAGGAUCUGCAGGAAAUUAAAACGUAUCGCAAGAGUGAUGAAGACAAAAGUAAGAUGUUAUCGGCCCAAACCAAGAACGAAAAUGAAACGCCAAAACGUUUACCAAGAAAAGAAUCUGUGUUCGAUACGCCUAGCAGUGAUGUGAGCUCAACAGGGAAUCUCCUGCCAGGAGGCUUGUCCGAGGUCGAGAAAGCGACUAUCCGAGGCGAACAGAAGCGUGGUAAUUCAUUGGCUGAAGUUCACAAAAUAUUUCAACAGCCUUUCGUUGAGAGUACACAGACGCCGAGUGGCGCAGCGGGAAGGAAUAAAGGAUCUGGAAAGGCGCGGAGAAACCACGAGAUUUAUAAACAAGCCCCUGCGAAAAAAAAGACUUCAGGACGUAACAACAAAUGCGUUGGGGAAAAAGUUAUGGAGGAAUCUGAGGACAGAUCACAUGAUUUAAUCAAAUUACCAAAUGAAAAACCAGAUUCGUCUCCACCCGGAGAAACGAAUGCAUUUGAGAAUUUGCCUACAGAUAUUCUUACUCAGGAUUUGGUAAAGCAGUCAAGAAAACGUAAGCUUAAGUACGCCUCUACAAAUUCCCCUGACAAAAUAAACAGCAUGUCUUGUUUAGACAGUUUAAGGGACAGACAGACGGUCAAGAUACAAAAGUUAGCUGGUCGAGAAUUUGACGAUUUGUUCCAUCAUGAAGAGUUUACCGAGAAUAUACAAGAGGAAUGUCCACCGAAGGUUGGCGAAAGUUCGAAGAAAGGGGACGAUGGUGGUGCGAUCGGAAAAGAAAGUGCGAGCCCUAUCAAGAAAAACGCACAUGAAAGCAAAGAAAAUGCAGGACAGAAGAAACGUGAUGCUAAACAGAGGCAACUAAACAAGAAACAAACUGAAGAUAACAGGAGGAAAAAAGACGAAAACACAAAACAAAGAAAUCAACACACAGUAAAAUGGCAACAAAGCACGAACGAUGGUGAACAGGGUGUGAAAAUCCUCCACCCUCGAUUUCUAACGACUUUCGAACAUUCGGCCGGAAAGAAAAGAGCCUGGAAUCGUGUUCGACCAAAAAUACCAUCUGCGUUGAAGGCGCUCAGUUGAAAGGAAGUGAUGAAGGUUUGCUUCUGGCGGGGGAUAGGAGACAAAAUAAACUCGAGGAUGUAAAUAGAAAACAUUCCGUCACAAUACGAAACUCUGGUGACGACAGCCCAUCAUCGUUAUUUGGAGAUAUCUUCCGAAGAAAGGGGCAAAAAUCAGAUCCCGAUGAAUUAUCUGAUGACGAUUAUGAAGUCUUGCUCUUAUGAAGCUGCGUGGCAACAUGACAAGUUGUAGUUAUAUUAAAUUAUUUGUGUACCCGACUUGUUAUAGCUACAAUC